CCGUUUCCUGCGAACUCCCGGCUGCCGGGCGGUAGAGAGAGCCGAUAGGCGCCGCGGCCGUGCGUCUCGUGGGGGUCCAGGGACAUGGCCAGAAAGGCUCUCAAGCUUGCUUCAUGGACCAGCAUUGCUCUUGCUGCCUCUGGGAUUUACCUCUACGGCAACAAGUACUUGGACCCUAAUGACUUCGGUGCUGUCAGGGUGGGCAGAGCAGUGGCUACGACAGCUGCCAUCAGUUAUGACUACCUCACUUCCCUAAGGCAUGUCCCCUAUGGCUCAGAGGAGUACUUGCAGCUUCGAUCGAAGGUGCAUCUCCGCUCUGCCAGGCGACUCUGUGAGCUCUGCUGUGCCAACCGGGGGACCUUCAUCAAGGUGGGCCAGCACCUGGGUGCCCUGGACUACCUGCUGCCUGAGGAGUACACCAGCACGCUGAAGGUGCUGCAUAGCCAGGCCCCGCAGAGCAGCAUGCAGGAGGUCUGCCAGGUCAUUCGUGAGGACCUGGGCAAGGAGCUCCACGAUUUAUUUCUGAGCUUCGAUGACACCCCUCUGGGAGCAGCCUCCCUGGCCCAGGUCCACAAGGCAGUGCUGCGUGACGGGCGGACGGUGGCCGUAAAGGUCCAGCACCCGAAGGUGCAGGCACAGAGCUCGAAGGACAUUCUCCUGAUGGAGGUGCUUGUUCUGGCUGUGAAGCAGCUAUUCCCAGAAUUUGAGUUUAUGUGGCUGGUGGAUGAAGCCAAGAAGAACCUGCCUUUGGAGCUGGACUUCCUCAAUGAAGGGAAGAAUGCUGAGAAAGUGGCCCAAAUGCUCAAACACUUUGACUUUCUAAAGGUUCCCCGGAUCCACUGGGAGCUGUCCACCAAGCGAGUGCUGCUGAUGGAGUUUGUGGAGGGCGGGCAAGUCAAUGACAGAGCCUACAUGGAGCGGAACAAGAUCAAUGUAGAUGAGAUCUCCCGCCAUCUGGGCAAGAUGUACAGUGAGAUGAUCUUUGUCAAUGGCUUUGUGCACUGUGACCCCCACCCGGGCAAUGUGCUAGUGCGGAAGCACCCGGUCACAGGCAAAGCGGAGAUUAUUCUGUUGGACCAUGGACUCUACCAGGUGCUCACGGAAGCGUUCCGCAUAGAUUACUGCCACCUGUGGCAGUCUCUGAUCUGGACGGACAUGGAGAAGGUGAAGAGGUACAGCCAGUGCCUGGGAGCUGGUGAGCUCUACCCCUUGUUUGCCUGCAUGCUGACAGCCCGGUCCUGGGACUCCGUUAACAGGGGCAUCAGCCAUGCCCCAGUCACUGCCACUGAGGACUCAGAGAUCCGCAGCAAUGCGGCUAGCUACCUGCCCCAGAUCAGCCAGCUCCUCAACCAUGUACCACGCCAGAUGCUGCUCAUCCUCAAGACCAACGACUUGCUGCGCAGCAUUGAGGCUGCCCUGGGCACCCGCGCCAGUGCCAGCUCCUUCCUCAACAUGUCGCGGUGCUGUGUCAGAGCACUGGCCAAGCACAAGAAGAAGAAUGCCCGCUCAUUCUUCACGAGGACCCACAUCGCUUUCGGCGAGGCUGUUAGUUUAUGGCAGAUCAGCAUUUAUGAACUCAUUCUGCAUGUGAAGGGGCUGAGACUGGUCAGCUGGCUCUCGGCCCUGCUUUGCCGGCUCUUUCCUGCUCCACACUGAGUGGGUUUGCUGACUUCUUUCUGGUGACUUUUCACUGUAUUUCCUUUGUUCCCCAUCUCCACCCUGGCCCUGCUGUCUGUCCUGCGGUGCUCUGCGGUCUCAGGGUCACUGUCCAUGCACCAGGACGCCCCACCUUUGGAACCGCUAGGCUUGCUGCGGCCCCCGUCUCAGGGCCUACAGGCUGUGCCGUGGAACAGGCUCUUCUUCCUUGGGAGAAGUUGUAGCAGCCUCCUCUCCUAUUCCUGUGUGUGCCAUUGGCUUGGCCAUCAUCCCCAUUUCCAUUAACCACUUCUGCCGUCAGUAUUGACCAUGUGUGCUACUGAGGGCAGGGAGUUUGAUUUUGUUGGAGAUGACCAUUGCCUCUAAAACUGCUGCAGGACAGACUCACUAUCCUUUCAUGACCCUUCCCAGAGGUGUCACACCUGAGCAAAGCAGUUUGCCAUCUGAGGGCUGACCCUGGGCAGCUGUGGGUUCACUGCCAUCGUGGCGCUCUCUUUAGUAUUAUUUGUAUUGUAUUCCUGUAAGUCCUCUUUAGCCUUUGGGGGUCUGUGCAUCCUGACUCACUUGGUCCCUGCCUCACUCCAGCAUGUACCAUUCUGCGUGUGUCCCUGGCCCUAGCCAAGGGUGGACAGCUCCACUUGGUUGACCUAGGAGAGCAAGGCCGAGGCUUGGGUGGUGCACAUGAGCACCGAGGACCAAGCUCCUUGCUCUUUUAAUCCUGCCAGGCAGUAGGACUCCUUCUGUAGUGGGCCGCUUCUUGGGAGGUUUAGCUUUCCUUCCAAGACUAAGAACUUGAUUAGAUUUGUCAAGACCAGGGCUGGGAGCUUAUUUUCUCCUACGUCUCAACCUCAUUUCCUGUGAGCUAGGUACCUUGUUGUUCUCCUAACCACUUCCUGACUUACCCUCUGGCCCUUAGUUGAUGGCUCUGGUUCUGAUUCCAGCCUGGGGUCCCACCGGGCCUUCCCAGUCCUUCUGGAGUCCUCCCUCCUUUUGCUGAAACUUCAGUCACUACGGCUGGGUUUCCAUUUGGAAACCUCAUGUUGCCUGUUUGAAUUCUGUCUUCACCUGUUGCAUUGCAGGCUGCCCCUCCCUCUGCUCCUGCUUCUGGGACACCCCCAAAUCCCUGCUCUAACUCCUGUGUCUGUGUGAUCUCCAGGCCCCUGAGAUCUCAGGUUUGCGAGGUCCUAGCUCCCUGCACACCUGUGGUCCCGGGUGGUAAUUGUAUUUGAAUCUCUCUGAUAUUGCUCUACCUCACUCUACCCCUAUAGGAAACCCUGAGUCUGAGUCUCGUUUUCUGUUCUUUUUAUUCAUACUAUAACAAGUAGACUUUCUAGUGAUCAGAAAUGAUUUCCUACUCUUUUAUUUCCUGAAAGAAUUAAUUGUUCUUUGUGACUAGUUAGAUGUACCCAGGGACCUGCAAGAAUAAUUUGCUAGAUCUGUUAUUAAUCAUGAGGAUGCAUGGUGCAUAUUAUAUUUUAUGGUGUCUUUUAUAGCCACUGAAGUAAAUAUAAAUGUCUUUGCUGUUCAAGGUAAUGGUUGCUUGCGUCUCACUUUCUCUGUAAUGGUUGGCUUCCUUUGCACUGGGAUCUGAAGCAUCAGCAUGUUGCCAGUGAGCCCAGGACCCAGAACAUUCAUCCAGGUAGAGCAGAGAGGCAGGGAGGGUUGCAAGUACAGGACAGCUUGCAAGUAGGAAGGGUGCUGGCUGACUUGGUGCCCUGUGAGAGGCCAGCAAGCCUGUGUUAUAUUGUUAGAUCGUCUCGUCAGCUCUCUGAGGGAGGGACUAACAACUUCAUCUCACAGACCUCAAAGAGGUUUGUAAUGUGUUUGUGGUCACUGAGUGGCUGAGUGGUGUUCUCUGCUUUGCUUUUGUUUUGACAGUGCCAAGAUGAGGAUUAUACUUGUUCCUCAGGCUGUCUGGCUUGUGUGCCUGUCCUGGAUGUGCCCAGCACCUAGGUGACCAGCAGCUGUAUGUGCUAGCUUAACAAAGAUGCUUGGUAAAGGCACAAACCUUGAGAGCCCCAGCAUACUGUGAGAUUUUCAGAGCUUAUAAAAUUUGUGCACUUGGGAAGCUACACAUAUAUUAGUCUUGCAAGAGGUGGUGGUGGGCUGGCCAGGUUAGUUUGGGGAGUGUUUUUUGUGUACAAAAGGAUCAGAAAUGGCCCUUGUCAGCUCUGUAGGGUGCCAGGGCCCUCCUGACACUACUGCAGAGCUUGCAAACUAUAGCUAACAACAAAAGUGGCUCUCAGAGGCACCCGCACAGACCUUGGGGAGCAGAGCUGAUGGGUUUGUGAUGACUCUGUGGGGAAAAUAUGAGGAGAGUGAUGUCUGGGCUGAGUUGAGAAAGGGGUGGCAUGGCCAGAGCUGGGGUCUGAGCUGGAGCCAGUGACCCAAGAGAUCUUCACCCACAGGAGGAACAAGACUGGAACAAAACUGGUGGAGCUGUGUUGCUCGUUGACCUGGGGAGAGGGCUCACACUUAGCAGAGACCUUGCCUACCUGGUGCCCUGCUGCCGUUGCUCUUGUUCACUGUGCUCCUGGUCAGAGGGAGCUGUGGAAGGCCUGUGGCCCAAGCCUUACUACUGCAAAAGUCUUGGUAGAAACCAAGUUUGGUAAAAACUUGUUUGGUUCCCACUCUUGCUUCCUCCUUUUCCAUUCCUCCCCUCUUCCUUACUGAUUUCUUCCCUCU